CCAGCGAUGGGGAUCCGCGCCCACCCUUAAACCGCUCAUUCUGUCGCUACAGUACAGGCUUCUUUCCCUCUCCACUCCCUCGCUCGCUGCCCACCCGUCGCGCCCGCUCCUCUCCCGCCGCCCGACCGAGCGAUGCAACCUUCACUCGCUGUCCUGCUUCGCUAACGCGUGUGUCCCGACUUUUGCGACCGACCGACCCUCGAUAUUGCGACCCAACAUCGAUAUCCUACCGAGACAACGCCAAUUGGCGCCCCAGAGCUGGACUGAGAGCUAGCUUUACGUCUGCAAGGCCCAUAACGUUCGUUCCGGAAGAGCCGGCCCAUAGCGACCAUCGGCGUACAUCAUACACGCUUGGCAUCCAAAUUCGGAGGCUCGCUGCCGUUUGUUUUACUGUAUGCCCGCAACCAGACGACUAUCUCGACAGCACAAAAAUACAUAGGCCGUUGAAGCUUCCCGUCGCCCUCGGGGGCAGCUCAACCCGCGAAAAUGACGCCCUCGCUAUCUCGACGCUCGCCAUUCGCGCUCCUGCUCGUGGUACUGUCCUUCAUCACUUCCACCCUCGCUGUCGACAAGCCGAAAUACGUUACUGCGACAAUCGACGGAGAGCAGGUCCUCGUGAAGGACAACAGGCAACCGGCGCUAUACACUGGCAAUUAUGGGGAUUGUAUGGGCGGUAGCAGCAUCAAUGUCACCCGCUUUGAUGCGGCGUACUACAAGGACAACAUGACAGUUCUCUUCCAUCUUGGAGGAGAGACGGCUCUGAAGAAUGAAUCAAUAAUGAUGUACAUCGGUGUCUUCGCCUACGGUGAGAGCCGGUUCGAUCUGACUUUCAACCCAUGCAGUGCGAACAUCUACAGCGCAUGUCCGAUAGAAGCUGGAACUCCUAUCGAGGCGAACGGCAUUAUCCCCAUCAGCCAGAACGACGUCGCUGGCAUCAUUCCGCUCGCAUUGUCCAUCCCGGACUUUGAAGGAGAGGCCAUUCUGAGGAUCUUCUCCAAUUCCACCCAGACUGAGAUUGGAUGCUACUCUGCGAUUGUUACCAACGGCAACACCUUCUCCCAGCCAGAAUCUGUGGGCUCGAUCCUUGGCAUAUUCACCUUCGUGGCUGUCAUCUCGUCGUUUGCUACUGCCAUAUACGGCGACAACAUCCCCGAGAUGCGCAAGCACUACGCCCAUUCGCUUUCCGUUCUCGUGGUGUUCGCUGUGUGGCACCAUAUCUACUUCAGUGGCGCCCUCUCAAUGAACUGGCCUAGCGUGUUGGUUGCCUUCUGGAGUAACUAUGCGUGGGCCGGAGGCAUGAUCUACUCUGAAGCCAUGCAGAAUUCGAUCAACAACUUCAUCGGUUCGAACAAGGGCAAUACCACCGCUGUAGGCGCAGCAGGGACGGGCGAUUCCAAUCCUGGGCUUGGAGGCGGAUAUGACAUCCACCAAAUCUACAAACGAGACGUCUUUCCCAAGGCCUUGAACAUCCCCGGUCUAAUGCGACGGAGCAAGUACAACCGUGUGGCUCGGCAUCUGGAGAAGACUCUGGCGAAACGAGAACUUGUGAACUCGACCGACGGUUUCUCCUGGUAUGGAAAUCCCGUCAAGCCAGGCCUUCCGCUGCCUGGCAAUUACUCCGGCUUCGCCGGUACUCUUGCGCAAGAGAGUAUUCCAGCCUCGAAUGCCUUCAUGACUGGCUUCCUUUGGUUUCUGGUUUUGCUCGGCAUUGUGGCUUUCUCGGUCAUUGCUUUCAAGUUCGCUCUGGAAGGUCUCAGCAAGACAAAGCUCAUGAAGAACGACCGAUUGGCUUUCUUCAGAGCCCACUACCUAGGAUACACCGCACUGGCUGUUCUCCGCACGCUCUUCAUUGGGUUCUUCAUGCUCAUAUUUCUCACACUCUUCCAGUUUGCCUACCUGGCGUCAGCUGGCCCAGUUGCAGUAGCAUGCAUUGUGUUCCUAAUCAUGCUCAUCGGCGUGGGUGGACUUGCUGUGUAUGCUUGCUUCUACAGGAUCAAGUUUGGCAGUUACGUUUCGGAGCCAGACCGCUUGAACAUUGAGAAGAGGAGGGUUCUAAGAGUCAUCCCUUGGUACGGGUUCUCACGAAACAGCGAGUUUCCCCGAUCCGAGGACAAGGCUUACGCGGGAUCUUUGCCGUGGUGGUCAGUACGUGGCGCGUCCGAGGAGAAGUCCAUUCAUGACGACGAGGAAUUCACGAAGAAGUUUGGAUGGCUCGCUUCCCGCUUCCGCAGGACCCGCUGGUGGUUCUUCACUGUAUGGCUUGUGUACGAGUUUGUCCGAGCUUGUUUCCUCGCUGGAGCUUCAACUCAACCUAUGGUUCAGGUGUUCGGCCUCCUGGUCGUGGAGUUCAUCGCAUUCAUCGGCAUCAUCAUUAUGCGGCCCUUCGAGGGCCAGCGCCUGAAUGUCAUUGUGGUUUAUCUCCUUGGAUUCAGCAAGGUUGCCACGGUCGCACUCUCUGCGGCGUUCGAUACCAGAUGGAACAUUCCGCGGAUUCCUGCGACGGUCAUUGGCAUCGUCAUUAUCGUCAUUCAAGGCGUUCUCACCAUCAUCGUCAUGAUUGCAAUCAUACUGGGAGCCAUUACCAGUUACAUGUCAGUCAUGCGAAACCGCGAGACGAUCAAACCGAAGCGAUGGGUCCCGAUCCGUGAGAAGUACUUCAAGCAUAUCGAUUUCAAGGAGAAGGACAUACCACGCCCACCGUCUCCUCCCCCGCCAGAGCCAGAACCAGAGCCUGAGCGGCCCAAGGUUCCUUACUUCAGCGUGAACUCCUUUAGGAGGAUGGCCAAGAUUGAAGACGAGGAUCCCGAAUUCAUGAACGAGGUCAACGGUGACUUUGCGGCAUCCCAAACUUCCCUGCAAGGAAUUAGAGAAGGUAUGGUUGGAACGCCAGGUCAACACAGCAGGGCACCCAGCAUCCGGUCACAGAUGUCUUACUCUAGCCUCCCGUAUGGCGCCCGCGUUCAUCGAGCGAGCUGGAGCACUCAAGACUUUACCGAACAGUACGCUCCCGGGCGACGGCGGACGAUAAGCAAUUCCAUGAACUACGCUCCGGUGGGGGGUAUAAGCCGACCAGCGAGUAGGACUCUCCCUGCUAUCAACACUCGCUUCGGAGGCAGUAGUGAGAACAUGAAUCGUCAUCCGAGUCCGCUCAGUACCACUCGACCUAUCACGCCAACAUCCCCUGCACCCGGUGGCGACGCGAGCCCGAUUUCUAGACCGAAAAGCAAGCCUAACAUGAGAUCGAGGCCCCAGCUACAGACCCUAGCCAGCGAGCACGGGAUCCCUCCGCUACCACAGACCAGGAACGCGAGGGAAGUGGCGAAUCCAGGAGUCGCCGAAUGAGGAAGACAUGUACCGCAAAGUAAUAAUACCGGGGAUAUUCUCACCAAGCAGCUUUUGACAAGCUUUACGAAGUAACGAUACGAAAUCCAUAGGCUCAAGCCAUAUCGCGCAUAGCCAUACCGGGUCAGCAUCGGCGUUAAUGGACAGCAUUUCGGGCGGAUAUCCAGCAUUCAGCAUUUAGCGUUGCAUGACACUCUCACUCUUUUACGACUACGGACUCAAAACGAGUCAUCUACAUUCCUUUUCCAUCCCCUUUGAAUGGCAUCAGACUCAUCUGCAUCCGACUCCGCGACGGACGUCUCGGGCGCUGUGGGAUAAUUACGACAGCAUCAUGCUGGGUAUUUGAUAGGCUGGGAGUCAGGUGCGGUGGAGCUAAUAAGGCUUGUACAUAGUGACCAGGCCUGUAUGAUAGUACUGAGCAGAUAUCUUGAAGAAUGAAUAGUUCAUCUCAC